ACCGCUACCACAUUGGCGCGCUUUACGGAUGAGUUUUCUUGUUGGGUUUCCGUCUUGCUUAUCUUUCUAAGUGCGCUCACAUGUGGAUCUAUCCUUCCGGGGUUGAGGGAAAUUUCCAUACAUCAUUGUAUGGCGUACGGCGCCAGAAUAUCGGGAAGUGUAAUACAUGCGCCAGUUAACACUGCCAGUUCGAUGAACAACUAGUCAAAACGAUCAAAUUCCUUUUGCUUCCCUUCCACGGCUUCUGUGUCUAAACCACAAACCUGCCGUUUUCCCUUUGGUGCUCGUGCGGUUCGCUAGGAAUUUUCAAGCGAUCCAACUGUGCAUCACAGUCGAAAAAUUCCACAACCACCUCCGACGGCAAAACAGAGUCUGUGAUGCAUCACCAACACCAUUUGGAAGGGGAUUCCAGCGCUCAUCACUCAUCGCAGCCUACGGAGUCUUCCUCGGACCAUGACCAAUCACUGCUACGAACCACUCUCCGUUCUAUUCAUCUUCACCCACUUGUCAGUGCAACCGAGCCGCUUGAUCAUUUUUUCGAUAAAAUUGAAGCUGUGCUCUUGAAGUAUCCUCGGGAUCCUGGUCGGACGUACGGCAAGCCGGUGCACAUGCGUCCCAAGCCAAUCCACUUGUCUCGCUCCGAGUGUCUACGGGUUUGGCAGCAGUACUUUGCCAUACGAAACACACCUGUUCCAGAUGCGACUCGACACUCGCUGACACUGCACACUUUCAAUCAUUGGCCCCACUCGGAUGCCCAACUGCUCGCCUACCUGCGCUUGAUGUUCAUAGAUUUGGAUUUACCAACGAAGUGCAACUUCCCCCUUGAGGUACUGGACGCUUGGCUCCUCGCAUUGUAUCGACGCUAUAACAACGUGCCGUUUCACAAUUUCAAGCAUGCUUUUGCAGUCACUCAAAUGAUGUACAGCAUCAUAAAACAGGCAGAAUUACCGUCAUUCUUCAGCGCACAUGAGCUACUAGCCUUGCUUUUCUCCGCUGUCUCUCAUGAUCUCGAUCAUCCUGGCUUCACGAACUCUUAUCAGGUUAAUGUUGGUUCUUGGUUAGCCCUCCGAUACAACGACAAUUCACCGCUGGAAAAUCAUCACUGUGCCGUGGCCUUUGAUCUCAUCUCUUGUCCCUACACUAACAUUCUUUGCGGCUUGGAUCCGUCCGAGUUGCGGUGGUUUCGAAAGGCAGUAAUCAGGUGCAUCCUCUCCACCGAUAUGAGCUGUCACGCCGACUGCAUGGAACAUUUCCGUCAGAUGCUCCGCGGGCAGAAAGCGAGAGGAGCAUCAGCUUCCCCGUGCUUACAAGCAGGAGUGCUCGACUCCGGCUUCGACUGGGACGGCAGUGCUCUACGCCAACGCCUGAACUCGGAUCCAGAGGCACGCAUAACUGUGAUGUUUAUCUUGCUAAAAGUCUGUGACCUGUCAAACGAAGUGCGACCCCCAGCUGUUGCAGAUCCCUGGCUAGAUUGCCUGUUGGACGAAUUCUUUUAUCAAGCUCGCGCUGAACGACGGUUGGGCCUUCCUGUCGCUCCGAAUAUGGAUCCAGACAAGAUCACUCGAUGCGACAGCCAGAUAGCAUUUCUCACCGACUGGCUCCUUCCCCUUUUGGACGAUGUUGUUGCAGUCUUCCCGAAACUUAAACCUCUACUGGUCGGUGCGCAAGCGAGGGUUCAAUACUUCCAGUCGCCCUCAACGCAAUCAUCACAGCAGACUGAUCUGAUCGCCACCUGUCCUUCUGCUCAUGAACACCUGCCUCCGCCGAUGAGCAACCCAGCCCCCUCAACAUCGGAUCACAUAUUUCAAUGUGUUGCCCCUUUGGCCCACCUGAAAGAUGGCCGCCCACAGCCCCAUGGAUCUACCUCUGGGCUCUCGGCUGCUCUUGAACCUGUGGCCACCACAUCGUCUGGCACUCGUGUGUCAGUUGUUGGCGCUUGCAUUCCCCAACCGGAUGAAACUACUCCCAAGUUCACGAGUGCUUCCCUCCUCUCCAGCACAUUGUCCGAAGACGCUUCCAUACCCCUACCUCCAAAGGACUUAUCCGGCAACAAACAAUCCAGACGACAUUCCAGCCAGCCAGCUUUUAUCGGCACCCCAAACAAUACUGCGACACUUUUGUGCACCGGGUUUAGCGGUCCAGAAUGUGACUUCGCCCCAAAUCCAGACAUGCUUGCCGAGGACGCUCCGUCCAGGAAAUCUAGCACUGGCUCUAUGGUUUUAGCAAGCAGCUAACUUAUAUGAAUCCGUGUAUAUAGCAAGACCUGUACGUGUCACUUUCUGAAAUAGCCGUGGGCGAACUGUGCUCCCUCCGAAUUUGUUCACACAGCCACCCACAAGGUAGCGCUCUCUUUAACACUCAGGAUCAGUGAUGAGGACAUGUGUUGUCUCGUCCGCAUCACAACGCGCCCCGCACCAGCUCCAGUAAAUUCCCGAGGUGCGCACCCUUCCCCCCCUUGUGACCGCUGCUAUUCGUCGCCUCGUCUCCCGACCUCCGCCUGUUGUUCCUUGUCACUGCGGGCGCGCACACGCACAAGCCAAACCAUGUUGCAGCAGCAAUCUUGGUCGCUUAUUGUUUUCUGUCGCUUUUGGUUACUCAUAUUGCUCACGCUCGCUCUUUUGUUUGUGUGCGUGUACAUGUCAACCAUGCUUUGUUCAUUGCUUAAAGCGGACAGCAGUCCAGUAGGUCAGUCAGCCCGCAGCAGCCAUAUUUGGUUUGCACGUGGGAUGCGCGCAACACCAUUCGGUACUAUCGCCACCAUCAGCAGCAGCAGCGGCAGCAACAACAUGACUGUGCCAAUAGUUUUUUAUUUAUUAAUAUCUCUUUGUCUUUUGUCUAAUUUCGGUCACUACGUGUUGAUAAACAUCGAUCAUAUAGCCCGAUUUGUUUCGUUAGUGGGAUGCCAUGCGCUGCGAUGAAGCAAACUGAUUUGCCGGAAGGGACGGAUAAGUGGGAAGAAGGCCACAACAGUCAGUUAAGAGAGUGUAAAAUGCUGAAGUUCCGGGCGUAAAAGUUUGAAUCCGGAUACGGAAUGUGAAAACCGUCGAAUUCUUGACUGUCCCUAUCGGCACCUCCAUUCGUGGAACUGAUUGAUGCACAGACUUCUACCUAGCUAGAUGGAGUACUCUAGUGUGAUCCGCUGCGUCGAACACUUGAGGCUUUUGUACUAUUCCACCAUCAGCCCACCCGUCGGAUCAUUCAUGCGUCUGAAAUUACCAUUGGCGUUCAACCCAUGCCGGGAUAGAUGACAAGAUGGUAUACCCUAAGCUGUUGAUCUUGCUGGACUUGGUAGUUCAAUUCUGGUCAAAGGUCGAGAAUGAUACCAAAGGAUAUUUUAACAAUUACCAGCUAAUAGAACUUAACUCACCUAUACGACCGUCCCUUUCGGUAUUGCCACUAUAAAGUAGGCUCCGACUAUAAGCUUUCUCGGCCCAUGGUAACCAGAUUUCUCUCGUCGCAAUGUAAGGUUGUACACUCUACGUCCGACUCAUAAGCUGCUGCCUCGCCAUUUUCGUGGACCGUUGAAGCGCUAUUGAACCAUACAGAACUAAUGAACGGGCACGUUCCAAGCUCAUUGGUACAGGGAUGAACAGUCCGAGUCCCCCGUGAGGUUUUUCCCUGAUAGUGAGAAAUGGUUGUUUGGCAGUUCAGCAUAACCCAGUGUUUCACGAGGGUGACACACACAUACCGUAGAAUGCAACGCUUUGUUCCAGUUGAUGCAGUAAACCUAUAAUGGCUUGACCCGACCCCAAGAUACCCAUAUCACUUUUGUACUCGGCUUGUCAGUUUGCCACCAAAGUAAGGAAUCCAGAAAUCGAUCAUUUGUAACUAUGUUGUUCGAAAGUUACGAAAAACAAAAUGGCCGGCUUGUCGUUCCUGAGGAAUCCUGCCUGUCACGAUGAUCUGACGGUUGAGCCUUGCAGAUUAUUAUGCCUUCCAAGGAUUGUGAUACAUACCUUCUGUUAGGAGGAUGCGCACUAGUCAUUUACAUAUUUUGUGAGAGCGCUUACUUGAAUCGGCUGAGAGUUUAGCAGUCAGACUAUACGAGCCACAAUUGUGUGUCCAGAAAAGAUUCACUCUCACGCUGUGCUUGAAUUGGCCCAGCGAACUGCUCCGUCCGAACCAAGGAAUUGUGCACGUAUUACAACUGUGUCCUAGUGGAUAUUGGUUGACAGUGACCAGUGACUGUAAACUGAGGAUUUUACCGGUCCUUGUGCUGUGUCAGUUUUUUGUACUUUUUGCAUACAGUUGUACAAGCUUGAAGAGGAAUUAUUGAAAACACAUGUUCGCUUGAUAACAUCGAGUUGUUACCAUUAUUAGUUACCGGCUUUCGUUCACUAUAGUUUGUUUAUUGACAUUUGUUUAAAUGCAUCAUUUCGGAAAUGUGGUUGGCAAUCAUACGUCGUUCGUAAUGGAUGUCAUCUCUGGAUCCCACUUCCGCUAAUACGGUUUCCUCGGACAUACGCGAUUGGUCCUUGCUUCUACCACUUCUCUUUCGCUUGUGCAAUUCAAUGUCUCCUAUGUUGUUGCUUGGCUCCAUCGUGUUUUAGUAGCUGUGCUUCCUUUGCUACUUUACCCUAUUUAAGUGAAGCAGAUUUCUCACAUAUACAACUCUGUCCUGCCUCG